AUCUGAUUGUGAACAAGAUCAAACAUAAACGUUAAACUUGCUAAAACACUUUACUGCAGUGAGGGUUGAAUAAUUUUGAACACAAUAAUCUGAACACAAUACCAGUUGUUAUUGAAACAAAUAACUGUAUAUUUUGUGAUGAUGUGGAAACAACUAAUCAUGUGUUUAUUUAUUCAAAUAUACUAUAUGCAUGUUCUUCGUACAAUAAAAAAUGUUUAUCUCCGGAACAAAGGGCAGAGUGUGUUUCUGCACGGACCUAUUUAAAGGUAGAGCAGUGUACUAUGAGCCGCAUAUACACAGCUGAGUAUGAAUGAAUGUAAACAUGCUGGAAGCUGAAAGCGGCUGCGGGGCUGAGGGUAACUCCGCGUAUCGCUGGUGGAGUGUUUCAGUAAGAUAACUGAAUCAGUCAGUGUUAGUGAAGAUCUUUAGUGAAGGCUGAGCGCGGGGACUGAGACGCACAGCAGCGUCUGUUUAUCUGACUGUAGCUCUGGAUGAGUGAGUUGAGUUGAAUGGCGAACAGCAAAAUGAUUUGUAUUAGAACUGUGUUUGCGUGCUGCGUGUGCUGAUGUGUUUGUAGAAUCUGAAAUGGCAUAGUAUCAGUAUUUACUAAGUUUUACCUUUACAGCCUUAUGUGCAGUAAAAUUUGGUGUAGCAGGUUUCCACUGAGAGCAGCUUUGGUGUUACUGUAAGUUUUAUUUUUUUUGUAAUUGGAAACAGUUAGUAGACUUUCACAAUGCAGUCCAGUCAAAUGUAGCUCAAAUACAGCCUGUUGGAAGUCUGUACCAAGAUUAGAAUAUCAACUAAGCACCAACUAAGGCUUAAGACCUAAAAUAUAAACGAGGCUACAUCACAAUGUCUGCAUUUUGUGCAAAGAGCAUUUUCCAAAGCCUCAGGUGCUCCAUUCACAGAGUUUCAGUGUCAGUUCGAUUGACACCAUGCAGAACUUUUCUCAUCAAACGGGGUCCACUUUUCUCUCAGACUCCCAAAGUGGCCCUGUUUUGUUGGGGUGUUGUUGGAAGUGUCACAUAUGCCUCAGCACAGGAGGCAGUACUUCCUCAGAGGACUGCAGAGAAGAAGUCUUCAGUUGCCAGAGUGCAGGUCUACAGGCUCAUUUUCAUCCUGAGACUAAGCAUCCGUGCCUUGGUACUCCUGUUCAAGUUCACCCCCAUCUUGCUGCUCUACCCCCUGACCCUUCUCUCACAGCGCUGGGCCUCCUGUUGGCUCAGUGCCCUGCUGUGGGUCACAGAGUCCUCUGGUCCAACGUUCAUCAAGCUUGGUCAGUGGGCCAGCACACGACGGGACAUCUUCUCCCAGGAGUUCUGUGACCGCUUUUCACGUCUCCAUGUGAGAGUUCAGUCCCACUCCUGGGCUCACACUAAGCAAUGUCUGAAGCGGGCCUUCGGUGAGGGCUGGAGGCAGCUGUUUGUGUUCGACAGCAAGGAGCCUGUCGGUUCAGGCUGUGUGGCACAAGUGUACAGGGCCAAGGCUCGAGUCUCGAGUGUGGAGGACCCGGCAUUCCAGGAGUUGGUGGAGAGCCUUGAGAAAGAGGACCUGCUCGAAGCGUGGGAGAUCCCUGGGCUUGGGAAUGCUAUAAACCACUGGUUGGGGUCGGAGCAGGUAGGGAAGGUGGAGGAGCUGUCAGAGGGCCAGGAGAGCACUGCUGAAUUUCCAUACACUCGUAGAAAGUACACAGAAGAGGAUUGUCUCAUGCCGGUGGCAAUAAAGGUGCUUCAUCCUGGCAUCAGAAGACAAGUUCAAAUAGACCUGAUUCUUAUGAAGGUGGGAAGCGUGCUCAUCAGCUUCUUACCUGGCCUUAAGUGGCUCAGUCUGCCUGAGGUGGUGGAUGAAUUUGAGAAGCUCAUGACCAAACAGAUAGACCUUCGCUUUGAAGCAAGGAACAUUGAACGGUUUAAGAAUAACUUCAAGGACUUGGAAUAUGUCAAGUUUCCAACUCCAUUGAGACCAUUUGUCACCAGGACUGUCCUGGUGGAGACAUAUGAGGAAAGUGAACCCAUUUCUAGUUACCUCAAAUCGGAAGUUCCCGCAGCUGUCAAGCAGAGAAUUGCCCGAAUGGGAGUGGACACUCUGCUCAAAAUGGUGUUUGUGGAUAACUUUGUCCACGGAGACCUCCACCCAGGGAAUAUCCUAGUGCAGAGCGAUCAGGGGGCUGGACCUCAAGACAGGGCCACCCUGACAGACCUGUGGGACACAGUGGUGGUCAGCAUGAGGCCGACUCCUCCUCCGCUCCGACUGGUGCUGCUGGAUGCUGGGAUUGUGGCCCAGCUCAGUGAGAACGACCUGUGCAACCUGAGAGCGGUUUUCACUGCUGUUGCUCUCAGACAGGGAGAACGUGUAGCCGAGUUGAUUCUGAAACAUGCCAGGGCCAGUGAGUGCAAGGAUGUGCCUCGAUUCAAAAAGGAAAUGUCUGAGCUUGUGAACCACGCACUCAGCGACACUCUUUCUCUGGGGAAGAUUCAGGUGGCAGAUCUGCUGUCUCGAGUGUUUGGAUUGCUCAUCCGCCAUAAGGUGAAGCUGGAGAGUAACUUUGCUUCCGUUGUGUUUGCCAUCAUGGUACUGGAAGGCCUGGGCAGAUCACUGGACCCUAACCUGGACCUGCUGGAGAUCGCUAAGCCUCUGCUGCUGAAGAAUUGUGCUUCACUUCUCUCCUGAGCUUCUGCAUUGAACUGGGGCCACCUGAACACAAUGAGCCUGUUUGCGUCCAGUUAGCUUUGACAAAUGAGAAACAUCUAGGGGAUUAAUUAGGAAUGGAUUGGUAAUAGAUUUUUAAUUAGGCAAGGAUAAAUUGAGGGUUUAACAGGUGUUCAUUCUGUUAAAAAUAAAGGUGCAAAUAAAUCUACAGUAAAUUUUUUAACUUACUCUGGGUCUUUCCCUUUGCCACUCCUUUACAAUAUCAACUGAUGACCUCAUUCUCUUGACUGGAAUAAAAAUUAUGAACAAUGAGGUACAGAUACAUUUUGAUUUGAGUUACAGCCUAAUCAAAUUGAGAAUUUCCCUAAGAUUUGCAUCUGAACGAAGUAAUAAUGAAAGGGUUCAGGAAAUGUGAACAGUCAAGGUUUUACACUAAGAAUCCAGAUGACAUACAUGCCCUAACAAUGCAAUGAAACCUAGAGGUCCACACAUUCUUAGAAGCACUAUUUGGUACACUGUGAAUUUAAUCCCAGUGAGAAUAAUUAGCCAGUAAUAUUCUAAAGUGUGAAAGUAGUGUUAUUUAUGUUGGUGUGUCUCAUUUUAUUGUGGGCAACCUCAGGGUUAUACUUAAGCAGUCAGUGUCCUAUGAUACGGUAACUGAUGUAUAGACUUAAUUUUAGACUGGAAAAUUUUAUCUAACAUCAGAUUUGUCACCACUAUAAAACUGAUGAAGUACAAUCUUAUAUAUUUUGCACAAUUGUCUUGUAUUAUGUUCUGCAUGGCUAUUUUUUCUUUUGCCAACCCCCCGAAAAAAUCCUUAUCUAUUUUGUUUUAUUGAUUUAUUUACUUUGUCGGUAAGAACAUUUUGCUUUUCUGUGCUCAGACUCCUGUAUUAAACGUGUUCACCAAUACCAA